CUUACUUAGACAUACUGAAUACAUAAUUACAUUAAGUCUAAGAUUAAUGAAGUAUUAAAAAGUGAUCAUAAUAUAUGUAAAGAUAUUGAUUAAUUUGUUGGUAAUCUACCAAACGUAACAGUUACAAUUGCAUUGAAACAGAACUCUAUUUGGGCUUCAUUUAGUAGGCCUAUGUGAUAUAAACCACCAUGCAUCAUUAAAAGUGAUAUCCAAAUCCAAGAAGCAUUGCAAUUAAACAUGAUGAACCUGUCGCAAAGUAUGGAAUUUCUACAAAUCUUUUCUAGUAUAGCAUAAUAAGGAUAAGACUGUUUGACUGUGAAUGGGUCUAAGACACAUAUAUUAUGCGACAUACGCCUGACAGCUACACUUGAAUAAACAUGAGUAUCCUCAUGAGACAUAAAGAAGCAUGCUGCAGGUUCUGACUUCAAAACGCUUCUCUGUCUUGGUAACUAAUUGGUUAUAGGCUGAGAGAUCCUCGUUGCGUCACGACGCCAUCCAACUCUCGGUUUUACCCCCUUCUCCCUCUCUCUCCCCCUCACUCAGGCGGUGUCAGUCAUCCGCGAUGCUGGAGAGAGAGCCAGGGUCCGCGCGAAACAUGUCCGGGAUCACCGUUAGUGAGGCUUGCGAUGACUGUUAUAACUCAGCGCAGCAUCUGAACUCCACGGAAAUUUACUCGCAUUCUCAUGUUGAUGAAGACGACGAACUUCUCAAGUACAUUUGGAGGGAAUAUUUGCACCCUAAACAAUAUGAAUGGGUGCUCAUAGCUGGAUACAUCAUAGUUUUCCUCGUAUCUCUGGUCGGAAACACCUUGGUUUGUUUUGCAGUUUGGAAAAACCAUCAUAUGCGCACAGUGACCAACUACUUUAUCGUGAACCUGUCCUUCGCAGACAUCCUGGUCACAAUCACAUGUCUUCCUGCAAGUCUAGUGGUGGACAUUACAGAAACCUGGUUCUUUGGACAGACCCUGUGCAAGAUAUUACCUUACUUACAGACGAUCUCUGUGUCAGUAUCGGUUCUGACUCUGAGCUGCAUUGCCCAGGAUCGCUGGUAUGCUAUCUGCCACCCACUGAAGUUCAAGAGUACUGCCAAAAGGGCCCGCAAGAGUAUCAUUCUGAUCUGGCUGGUUUCCUGUGUGAUCAUGAUUCCACAAGCCAUAGUCAUGGAAUGCAGCAGUCUGCUGCCAGAACUUACCAACAAAACCAGCCUGUUCACCGUGUGUGAUGAACAGUGGGCAGAUGAAAUCUACCCUAAAGUGUACCACACCUGCUUCUUUAUUGUCACCUAUUUUGCUCCAUUAUGUUUGAUGGUCCUGGCAUACAUUCAGAUCUGUCAUAAACUCUGGUGUCAACAGAUUCCUGGGACAUCAUCGGUGCUUCAGAGGAAGUGGAAGUCGCUGCAGUGUUCAGCCCAUGCCGUGGGCUCGGGAGAAUCGGUGAAGGUGAGAACCAGCACGGUCUCAGCGGAGAUCAAGCAGGUGAAAGCCCGGCGGAAGACGGCACGCAUGCUGAUGGUGGUGCUGUUUGUGUUUGCGCUCUGUUACCUGCCUAUCAGUGUUCUCAACAUCAUGAAGAGAGUAUUUGGUGCUUUUAAGAACACCAACAACAGAGAGACUGUCUAUGCCUGGUUCACCUUCUCGCACUGGCUUAUAUACGCCAACAGUGCCGCCAAUCCAAUUAUCUACAAUUUCCUCAGUGGUAAAUUUCGAGAGGAGUUCAAAGCAGCUUUCAUCUGUCAUUGCUCCGGUGGAGAUGACAUACACAAGGAGAGAGUCAGAGCGAGAACCAGCACAGAUAGCCGCAAAUCCCUGUCUACCCAAGUAACCAAUUUUGACAACAUCUCCAGGAUAUCUGACCAGGCUGUGUAGCUCCGUUGUGGGAAGGGUUUGCUGGGUAAAUCCUACGCGUGCCACUUCACCAGUCAUGAACGCUGACUAGAAGAACACAGACGUGCCGUAUGUAUCGACCUGCCAGACUUAUAGAUGGAAGGAUUGAAUGGAUCUAUUAGCCACAGUGAAUUACCCACACUUCUUGAAAAUGACAUUGUGUCUAGUGUAAGAGCACAUGAACCUUCAGUGGAAUUGAAAUUUUUACCCUGCAAGGCAAGAGGUUAUUUCUCUGCUAUUUCACAGCUCGGCUGGGUACGCAGCAACAGGUGAUGUACCCCAUAAUCCCCGGAGAUGAUGUGCAUGAAAAUAAUGUCAUGUCUUUGAAACACAAUGCUACUGUGAGACUGCAUUCAACUCAAGAUUGAAAGGAAAUGAUGAUAGAAGGGAAGGUUUUUUUUGUUUGUUUGUUUGUUUGUUUUUUAAAGGUGAUAUGUGUCAUUUUUUUCAGUGUUAAAAUAUUUUUCCAAUCUUAUGUAGAGACAAUGGUAAGCAAGCAAUUUGUGGGUUACAUUCUCUGAAAACACUCUAGCUUCCCAGAAACAUUGCUCUGUUUGUUUGAGCAUCUAACCAGCUGACAGUCAUGUGAAUUUUGGAUGGUGCUAUUUGUUUGAGAUGCGUUCAGGUAGCCUGUUUGAAAACAAACAUUAUCUUUGCAUGCAUAAACUGCUUCAAGUACUUUUGAACAAAAUUGAUAUUGUAUAUUUAUUUAUUUAUUUAUUGUUUCAUGUUUAAACAAUGUACAAUUUGACAUUUUGUAUUGUUUCUCUAAGAAUACCGUUUUGUCAUCUUUUCAGGAAAAGCUUGCUUGGUAACACUUUACAAUAAGGUUUCAUUUGUUAACAUUAGUUAACUAUAUUGGUUAACAUGAACUAACAAUGAACAGUACAUCUAUAGCAUGAUGUAAUAUCAGUCUCUGGUG